AUGGAGACUGAUCCGACCAACAUAGAUCAGUCCGGUGGCCACAUAGUUUUUUCAGAUGAUCAGAAUAUAGGUCAUAUUAAGGCGUACACAUGCACCUUCUGCAAGAGAGGCUUCUCAAAUGCACAGGCACUAGGGGGCCACAUGAACAUACACAGAAAAGAUAGGGCAAAGCUCAAAGAAUCCUCCAGUGAAAACCUACUUUCUGAGAACAUAACAAAGAAGAAGAACACCUCUGAUAGUCCUCCGGUUUCUGCGGAUGAAAACUCAUUGCAACCUGAAUCUGGUGAGGAUAAAAGUUUCACACCAAGAAGGUCCUUGAAUUCAGACAAGGAAGAUGAUGAUGUCGUUGAUAGGGCAAAACAUGAUACUGGAGCACCGGUGCAACUGCCCUUAUUCGCCGAGACACCAUGGACAACCAAUGAUCCGGAAGCAAGCAGUAGCGUUGGUGGGAAUGUACAGAAGAGCACACAGUUGAGUCAUAGUUCCUCUCCGACAGAAUUGGACCUUGAGCUUCGGUUAGGGCCAGAACCUCGCCACUCACCGGACAUCAACAAAGGACAAUAG